CGUUACGCCCUGUCGCACUCCAUGAAAAGUCACCGCCAUAUGCAUUCCUUUAAAAAACAUAAAAGCCGAAGACACAUGGAAAUGAUCGCUACCUUCAAGAACCAUUGUAGAGCCUCCGAAGAGGAGAACUUCAAUUGAAGACAACUCAUAAGGAGUGCAAUUGGCGUUUUGCUUCCUGCUGUAGAUUUGGGAUUGUCGUAUUAGGUGAUCAGUAAGAUGCUGGAACCAGUUCAAUUUUGUGUCGGCACUUCGUCUCUAGUAGUACCAGGGCCAGUUGGAUAUAGAAGUCAGGGUGAAGUGCAGGUCAAUAAUGCUCGACCUAACAUACUUCAGAUGCAGCCCUUACCAUAUAACAUUAGAAAAGGAGAACUUCAGACUGCUAAUUUUCGAAGCCGUUCAUCUCGUGUUAAAUGUUCUGCUGUUUUGGAUGCUAGAUGUGCUGCUGCUAGUGCAACACAAACCUUGGUACGUCGUUCUCGAACAACUACUAUUUCUCCUGAGAAAGUGAAGUCCCCUAAACUUGAUGACAAUGGCCCGGGGUUGCCCCCUCGAGAUAAUGAUGGAAACGGUGGUAAUGGAGGUGGAGGUGGUGGUAAGUUUUCCGGUGGACUUAUUCUUUUGGGUAUUCUUGGGAUCCUGGACAUUCUAAAGGAUAUAGAGUGUGAAUGGCUCCGCAACCGUAAGCAUAGGAGAUUUCUUCAAGCAUGAAAAGUUACUUGUCAUGCAUUGCUGUCGAUUCUUCUUACAUGCUUGACAUAGAAACUUGGAUUGUUACUCUCAAGUUACAGUUCUCGAGUUUUUCCAUCGUCUAUUGAGACAUGAAUUGAUCUCAGUUAGAAAAACUUAGAUAGUUAUGGUGCUCCAUAGAAAUUAAUUCCUAUAUUGGUACACGUGUUGACUAUAUAAGACAAGUUUGAUCCAUUAUCUGGACCCUAACCAAUUCAAAUUUUCGGAUAAAACUAUUAUUUUUUCGGUGUCCA